AUGGUCCACCUCCCGUCUGAAACUUCUGACCAGCCCAAAGUUUCUCCAGAAGCAGGAGAAGCACAAAAAAAGAAUUCCCUCGCACAUAAAGUAGUAGGAAGGUGUGGGGGCUUGCCACUUUCUAUCUUGCAUCUUGGGUAUCUAUUUUCUGGGAUGAAGAAUGUGACUUAUGAGGAGUUGUUGAAGGUGCUUGACCAUAUUGAUCAUAACCAAACACCAUGGACGGAAAUUAUGGAUUUUGAUGUAAAAGACUUGCCACCACAUCUAAGGCAAUUUCUUUCUUAUUUUGGACUCUUCCCCAAGGACUCUGAAACUUCAGCAAGGAGAUUAGUUGCUUUGUGGGUUGCAAAAGGGUUGAUAAAACCAAGUGGCAUUAAGCAAGAGCCUCCUGAUUUAGUUGCAAGGAAGAUUUUGGAAGAGUUGAUAAGCCUCAACUUGGUACAAGUGGUGGAAAGAAGGCCGAACGGGAAGGAAAAGACAUGUAGUUUCCCUAGUGCUUUGCUAGAUUUAUGGUUGCGAUCAAAUGCAAGCUUUGAUCAGUGGCUUGCUUAUAAUACUAAUGAGUAUGAUGCCAGUUCUACUCUUAGUCGUGGUAGCGCUGAGAAGUUCAAGAUGGAGGAGAAGAAGAAUGUGGAGAACCAACGGGUAUUGAAUCCCCGCAAUCAGUGGACUUGUCUGGAGAUGAUUCCACCGUCAAUUGGCAACUUAACCAACCUCCAAACUCUCGAUGUGAAGCACACCUACAUCGGUAUUCUCCCUAGUUCAAUAUGGAAAUUGAAAAAACUUCGGCACCUAUGCAUGAACCAAAUUUAUCGAAGCCAAAUUAAGCAUCAACCAAGUGGGAGUUCUUUACAAAAUCUCCAAACACUGAGGGGUGCAUUUGUAGAUAAGGACAGUCUUCUAAAGGAUAGCCUCCGUAGGUUGACCAACCUUAGAAAAUUGGCACUAGCUUUCCAACUGAACCUGUCACAGCAAAUAGCACUAGCUGAGAGUUUUUUGAAACUGAACCAGCUUAAAGCUUUGAAGUUGAAAUCAAUUGAUGAAAUGGGUCGGCCUCAAGAUCUGAAGGCAACUUUCUUGUUAGGCCUUGAAAAUCUUUCUAACCUAUAUUUGUUUGGAAAACUAGAGAAUACAUCCAUUAAUAGACUCCGACAAAGCCUAACUGACCUUACCUUGUCUGCCUCUGGACUUUUAGAUGAUCCAAUGCCAGAGUUAGAGACACUUAAAAAGCUUGAAUGUCUCAGUUUGUACUCUGGUUCUUAUACUGGGAAAAGCAUGUCAUGCUCUAAGGGAGGCUUUCCCCAGCUUCAUGUUAUGAACUUGUGGAUGCUUGAGGAAUUGGAAGAAUGGAAUGUGGUGGAGGAAGCAAUGUCAAACUGCAAGAAGUUGGAGAUUCGUUGCUGCAACAGUUUGAAUGUCCCAACUGGGUUGGGGCAUCUAAAGACUCUGAGUGAAUUGAAGUUAAAGGAUAUGCCAGUGAAAUUCACAGCAGAAAUUGAGGAAACCAAGGAGAUAAUUUGGGGCGACAUUGCUCUAUCUCCGGCCAUAAUUAUUGAUGACCAUAGGCAAUACUGA